GAUGAAGAAGCUGAGUAUGGAGCCUCCGGAGAGGAUCACCAGCCUACAGACUCUAUGGGACAACCACAAAGUAGCAGAACCAGGACCGUGUGGUGGUUUCUCUCAGACGUACAGAUGUGUGUGUGACUGGCUGGGUCUGCCCUACAGAGAGGAAGUUCAAUGGGACGUAGACACCAUAUAUCUGACUCAAGACACACGGGAUCUCAGCCUGCAGGACUUCAGUCAUCUGGAGAAUAGGGAUCUAGUGGCUAUAAUAGCAGUGUUGGAGUACAACCAAUGGUUCACAAAGCUCUCCACAAAGGAUUGUAAACUGGUGAGUUAAACUGAGCCUUCGUACCCCCACUCAGUCUGCCUCUCGCUCUCUCUCUUUCUGUCUGCCUCUGUCUCCUCCCUUUCCU